AUGACCCGCAUUCCAGCGAAUCUUCAGUACCUCACUAUCUACAACCCCACUCUACGACCAACUAGGCCUGUCGCGCCCGACGACGAAGAUGCAGAGGAGCAGGCCCAUAUCUUGUUCUAUACGUCAAAGGAGCGGGCUGUCUCGCGAGACCGAAUGCUUCGCCAAGUGGGUCUCGCCAAAGCACUUAUUAGUUUCUCUGAUAUGUUCAACCCCGAUGAGCCAUGCAACAAUAUCCACUCCCAGACGAAACGCCUGAUCAUGGUCUCCCCCGAGCCCGAUUUCUGGAUACACGCAGGCAUCGAAACCGCCAGGACGCCCAAGCCGAGUGUCGAUAAAGGGAAGAGCAAGGUGAAGGACAAGAACGGCGCGGCGGAGCCUCCAGUGGUGUAUGACUACGAGGACUACUCGGUGCAUGAUAUCGCGCUCCAGGUCGAUAUUAUGCGGGGGUACGAGAAGUUCAAGCUACGACAUGGAUCGUUCACUUCAAUCUUGUCGACGCUGGGCCAGGAGGCAUUAGAGGUGCAGCUCGAACGGUUUUUCACGGUGUGGGCGUGGUCGUGGAAUCUCGAAGACGGGGCUGAAUUCGGAGAGCAUCUUGGACCACCAUUACACGCGAAGCAUUCUAUCCUUUCCCAAUCCAUCGACGACUUCGCCUCAAAAUUACCUGAAGAGGUCGUCGCCAUCGCUGUUUCACCACCAUACACCAUCCCUUCGUCAAAAUAUACCUCGCUAGGCUUUUCUUCUGCGCUACCCAACUUCUUGCAGUUUCUCGUCCCCCCGCCUGAAGUCCUCCCAAGUCCACAGCCGCUGAUUCCAUUGGACGAUGGCACUGUCAAGGGAACGAAACCGCUCCCGCCCACCCCCGACGACGACGGGAAGUCUUUCCUUGGAAUGAACAUGGAUAUGCCCAAAUGGGGGUGGCCGGGAUACCUCACAUUCGGCAAAGCAGGGGCAAGCAAGAAACCCCCCGAUUCGAUUCUUGCUGUGACGCCUAUGAACGAAGACAAAGGGCGGCCCCAGCUUGUGCUCGAUACUCCCGGCCUGGAACGGACCGUGUCCGAUUUCGAGGUGGACCGGAGUGCGUUGGAAGAUGCGAUGGCGGAGGAGCGAUUACCGCUACCGGCGGAGAAGCCUGAAGAGGACGAAGAGACCAGCAGUGUGUCAACAGAACUUGUGCCUGAGCAGACACCCACGCCAGCCCCCGUUGAAUUCCUGGCGACGACGGCACAUUUGUCAACUAUAGACGACCCCCACAAUACUAAACGCCGGAAACUCUUCUAUAUGAUUAGAGAUCAGGUCCUCGUGGCGUUAUUAUGGCUCGAUGACUCCGUGGACGCGCAAGAACUCACCCCAGCGACGGCGCAUUCAUUUGCGGAAGACACACUAUCGUUGGCGUUGGAAAUAGGGACGACUUUGACACAGGAUUCACGGAGCACUGAAACCCUUCCGUCGGCGACCAACACCCUCCAACAGAAAGAUCGCUACGCGCUCUCCUCUUCAAAUCUUACGCUUCGCAGUCCCGAGUUCCAGUCUCGGUCAGGGCAUCUCUACAACGCUCGAGAGCUUCUCCAGCAGAACGACCCGCCGAUAUCAGAAGUUUACUCCCGUGGCCAGAGCCCUCAGCACUGGCAUGUCGCGCGGCGCGAGGAACUACAGCGCGGAUUGUCGGUGGCGAGUGAAGAAGUUUACAUGGAGGUGUUCAGGAAGGAGACCAGUCUGACGGACGUGGAUAAUGCGUUGGCGAGCGUGAUACGAAAGAGUGGACUGUUCCCAUAA